GAGUAUGCGCGGGAAAACAAGACAGCAGCUCGAGACGGGUCGGACAUCUUUAUAUCUGAUUAAAUCUUCUAAUUAAUCGAAUUAAUUUAUUAUUCACUCUUUUCUUUCAAAUCAUUGUACAGUUCUCCCUAUGACCCCCAAUGAGACACAGUGAUGCUUUAAAUCAAAUCCGGAGUUUAGGUGACUCGUUGUCGCCAUCUUGUGUCCCAUCACCGUGAGAUGUUGCCGUGGGAGGAGACCGAAGCGCCACCCGCUGAGGUUGGACUAUGGACGGGCUGUGGAGGUACACACUAAAACUUGGACCUGGAGGACAGACGAUAAACCUGAAGACAGCCGCUCUAGCGUUCUCACAGCCCAGGCAUUCAGGAUGGACAGGAAGCAGUAUUGUGUUAAGCUGUCGGUGCAGCCAUCCAGAGGACUCGCGGACGAGAAGUUUAUCGUCCUGGUCCAGAAUGUCCCUCCGGGUUUCCAGUUGACCGUCCACUCGCUCCACAAGUGUGAAGAUGGACACAGCUGGGAGGCAUUCGGUCACUUCACUGCCAACGCCUCUGGGGUUGUAAAUGUUUCAGAGGAUCUCAGUCUGGGUGGGACAUACUGUGGGGUUGAACAGAUGGGUCUACUGUGGAGCAUCAGACCGGUUCCAGGCAGCAAACCUUGGAUCAGGCUGAGAAAGACGAACGUCCAGACUCCCAUGGAGUUCACAAUCUCGGUGUAUCAGGGUCACCAGACGGAGGGCUUUGCAGAUCGGGUGCCGCUGGCUGCUGUGGUGGUGGAGCGCUGGUACAUGGCACCCGGUGUCCGCAGGUUCCCGAUCACGGAGAGCGGACUCACUGCAACCCUUUUCCUGCCGCCAGGACCGGGACCUUUCCCUGGUCUCUUGGAUCUGUGGGGAGGUGGAGGCAAACUGGUGGAGUACCGCGCAGCGUUGCUGGCCUCCCACGGCUUCGCCUGCCUGGCCCUCGACUACAUGACACCUAAAAUCACCAUGGAAACUGGGAAGAUGGUGGGCAACGAUUACUUUGAGACGGCCUACAGAUUGCUGGAGCAGCAUCCUCAGGUCCUGGGCAGCAGGAUCGGCAUGUUGGGUCUUUCCUUUGGCACCAGUAUGACCCUCAAAAUGGCUGUUCACUCCCAGGUUAUGAAGCUCAGCUGUGUGGUGUGUAUUAGUGGGAGUCACGUGCAACCAGUUGAUGGAGAUGUGGAACAAAUAAUAGGUUACUUUAUCCUAAAUGCUGGCAAGACUCGCUUCACUGAGGAGAACCAUAUGAUCUGGCGAGAUCUGCUGCUGCCCAUCCCCACGGACCUCAAACUCAAAGUGGACGUGGGACGUCUCAGGUGUCCUGUGCUGCUGGUUGUAGGUGAGGACGAUCAGAACUGGCCUGCCCACGAGUCUGCACUCGAUAUGAAGGAAAUGAUGGAGCGGGCGGGAAACAACCACCUGCUGACCCUCCUGUCGUAUCCAAACGCCGGCCACCUGAUUGAACCUCCGUACUCUCCACACGUCCGAUCCAGCGCCUUCAGAUCGGUCUCCACUCGUGAGAAGGUGGUGGCUCUGUGGGGCGGAGAGACUGUGGCACAUUGUCACGCUCAGGAAGACGCCUGGAGGAAGAUGCUGGUCUUUCUGAGGGACCAUCUGUACGCCGGCACAAACCCUGGUGCAGCUUCAUUUUCCAACCUGUCACCAGAGCAGCUCUGGAUUCUACAAGUUCAGGAAGUAAAAAUCUGAUUUAUUUUCCCUCAUUGACAGGCUGAAGCUCUUCUGCAGCUUGGAUGGAUGUGAAUUAUUCAUGUUUAAAAUAUCAGUAGGAAUUAUGACUGAAUGUAUUAAAAAUAUCUGUUAAUAAUGAUCAUAAAGCUUAUUUCAGUAGCAACACACACAUGCAAAACCGACCCGCAAACACACACAUUGGAAAUACACACAUACACACUAAUUAAUUAAUUAAAAAGUGACUUAACAUUAAAAGAAAGCCUUUCAAUAAUAAAACAUUUUAAGAAGAAAUUUGAAAGAACUGAUUUUGCAAGUCUGAUUUGUGUCUCGGUUUGCUCAGAGAUUUAGAGUUGUCACCAUGAAGGCGUUUGGAUUAAUAUUAUCUGUUCUUGUUAGCCGUCUACCUGCUGCAUUUUGUAAUGGUUUCAGGUUUUUGUGGAUUCAUUUCGGUCGAAUAAUCUACACAUGAGGAAUUCAGAUGAGUUCUGUGUCCAGUGUUGCUCCUCCUCUCAGUGUUUUCUCACUGAGGCUCAAUGCUCACCCAUUUUUGACUCCUAAACUUCUGAAAAUUAAUUUUCAAACAAAAACUACAAAAUUCCUGCAUCCACUGGAGCACAUGAACAUGUCGGAAAAAACUGAGACGUUUUGGGGAUGUGGAAGCUAAUGGGGAUCAGAAUAAAGAAUUGUUACAUUUUCAAUUAGUUUAAAUGAUUGAUCUAAUACAAAUAAUGUCUCUACAACAUUUUAGUUAUAGUUAAAAUAUAUUAAAUUAUCCAUGAAAUACCUGAGUUUAUUGUCACAAAAUACAGUCAUAUAAUCCAAGAGGAGUGUUGGUGCUGCCACAAGACAUCAAAACAUCCUGCAGCACAUUCACAUCAUCAUGUUAUAUGUUUAUCAGUCACGUUAUAUGACUGCUCAAGGCCUGAAAGGAUUUUUUUUUUUGUUGAAAAACAAAUUAUCAUUUGAAGGAAGAAAAGUUUGCAAUAACAACAUAUUUACCUUUUGUGAAAUAACGAGAAAGUUUUGUGAUCAAAAGUAAAAUGUAACGAGUCCAAAGCUUCUUGUGAAACAGAAUCAUUUGAUGUCUGGUAAUAAAAAGCAAAUACAUCACGAUCACA